CAGACUAACCCGACAUAAACUUCAAUUAUAUAGAAUUUAUAUAUAUACACAUCAUUUGUAAUCCUUUCAAUGGAUGGUAACCAUAUAUAAGCAGGUCUGCUCCAACCUCAAACCCCCCAUUUGUUUUUUCCCUCACUGGUGCCUCCCCAGUUUGAAUACCUCUGCCUAUGACUAUAAUGGCAAUAUCUAGGCAGAGGGCAGCUGCUGUACACUCCUAAACACACCCAGCACUCAAAUGAACAGGAAACCCCCACGUACCAGGGUCAUUCUCUUCCUGCUUUCAGCUUUCCAAAAAAAAAAAAACCUUAUAUAGCUCCAGUGACACAUUUUUCAGGACAAUCUGCACAUGUCUACAAGAAGCUAAGCUCGCACUGCAGUCUGUGAGCAUUUUAAGCACAGGGAUGAGUAAAAGCACGAGCACCACCGACGAGCGACCCAAGUGGGACAACAAAGUUCAGUACCUGCUCACUUGCAUCGGAUUCGCUGUGGGUCUGGGCAACGUCUGGCGCUUCCCCUACCUGUGCCAGAUCUAUGGAGGAGGUGCCUUCCUGAUCCCCUACCUGAUCGCGCUGGUGUUCGAGGGACUCCCCCUGUUGUACCUCGAGCUGGCCAUUGGGCAGAAGCUGAGGUCAGGAAGCAUCGGAGUGUGGAAUUCAAUAUCACCCUACUUGGGUGGAGUUGGUGUUGCAUCCCUGGUUGUGUCCUUUCUGGUGGGCCUCUUCUAUAACACCAUCCUGGCAUGGGUCCUUUGGUAUUUAUUCAAUUCUUUUCAAGAGCCCCUACCUUGGAAGUACUGCCCUCUCAAAUCAGACCUAACAGGCUACGUGGAAGAAUGCGUGGAAAGCACGCCCGUUAACUAUUUCUGGUACCGCGAGACACUAAAUAUAACAGCCAACAUCGAAAUCAACGGCUCGUUGCAGUGGCAGAUGGUGGUGUGCCUGGCGAGUGCGUGGUGCGUGGUCUACCUCUGCUUCAUACGCGGCAUUGAGACCAUCGGAAAGGCGGUGUACGUCACGGCGACGUUCCCAUACCUGGUCCUCACCAUCUUCCUGGUCCAAGCCCUCACCCUCCCAGGCGCUACCGUUGGGCUCCGUUACCUCUUCACCCCCGAUUGGGAGACGCUGAAGAACCCUAAAGUGUGGCUCGAUGCAGCCACGCAGAUUUUCUUUUCACUGUCCUUAGCUUUCGGGGGACUCAUCGCUUUCUCCAGUUACAAUCCUCCCAAGAACAACUGCGAGCGAGACGCACUGCUCGUGGGGUGCAUCAACAGCGCCACGUCGCUCUACGCCUCAAUCCCCAUCUUCUCCAUUCUAGGAUUUAAGGCGUAUUCGAACUUCAAUUCCUGCCAGCAGAGAAAUAUCCUGGCUCUGACUAAUGAAUUUGACAUUGGAGACACGAAUAUAACCCUUGAAAACUAUGACAAGUGGUUCGAAUAUCUGAACUCAACAAAUCCUGACCGAGUUUUAAGCCUGAACCUGAAACACUGUGAUAUUCAGACCUUCCUUGACCAGAGUGCUUCUGGAACAGGCCUGGCUUUCAUUGUCUUCACUGAGGCAGUGAUUGAGAUGCCGGCCUCACAGGUGUGGGCCGUGCUCUUCUUCAUCAUGCUCUUCAGCCUUGGACUUUCUUCCAUGUUUGGGAACCUGGAAGGGGUCCUCGCACCCCUGCAGGACCUCCACAUGGUGCCCAAGUGGAUGCCCAAGGAAAUUCUCACAGGUUUGAUAUGUCUGGUCUCUUUUGCAAUCGGCCUGAUUUUCACAAUGGGCUCUGGUAACUACUGGCUGGAGAUCUUUAACAGCUACGUGGGCUCCCUGCCCCUGCUGGUCAUAGCUUUCUUUGAGAUCGUCGCUGUGGUUUAUGUCUACGGUAUGAAGAGGUUCAGAGAGGACAUUAAAGAGAUGACCGGCAAGAAACCCAACUUUUUUUGGCAGACGUGUUGGAUGGUGAUCAGCCCACUCAUGCUGCUGGUCGUGUUUGUGGCUUAUGUGGCGAUCGAGGCUUCCAGAGUGCCAGAGUACCCGGCAUGGAACCCGGACUACGUGGACUUCCCCCAGACUGAAGACCAGCCCUACCCCGACUGGGUUUUUUCCAUUUGCGUGCUGCUGUCCGCCCUGCCGUGUGUCUUCAUCCCCAUCGUUACGGUCUACAAGUUUUUCAUGCGUCGUUGCAGGGGUAACAGCACGCCAUAUAUAAAUCCGUACGAGAACGGCAACCAGACAGACACCGUUCUUGUUUCAUGUAUUUAUCAAAUCAACGCUCAACAGAAAAUGUAAAAUAAUCCUGGAGUAUGGAAUUUAUCCAAAGGGUUUGAAAGAAACCCAAAAGGAUUUCAGACAAAUCUGAGCCAUUUCUCUUAAUAUAAUAUAGACAAGCUGUUUUAUUUAUAAGGCUUAUCUGUACUUGUUUCCAGCUAAAUAUGGGCAUUACGUCUGGAUUCAGUUAUGGUAUAAAUAUGUGAGCACAUUACAGAAUGAAUGUUAAACACAAAGCAGAGCGACUGCCAAGUGAAAAUGAAAUACAUUUACAAUAAAAGGUAUCUAUCCGUCCAUCCGGAAUCCAUAAUAAAAUGUCAACUGACUGCAAAACAGUCUGAGCUGAGAGCAUUUGUGUAAAAACAAAACAAAAACAGAAUUUACAAGCGUAGAAUUUGAUCUCAUAAACGUAAUAAUCUUCCACGGGUGAAGCCUUACAGUGAAGCGGCA